AUGGAAGGUCAAAGCUCCUUGAAGUCUCUAAUCACCCCCAAGCUGCUAAUGCAGCUCGCGGAUGCCUAUCUUGCUUAUUCUAAAACUGAAGAGCUUGACUUCACUAUUGCCCAGUCCGACGCCUUCAGCGCAAACUUCAAAAAAGUAUGCCAAGAAAGCAAGGCUCGAGCUGCACUUAUAGCACUCAGUCACCUCGGCCACAAUGGAAUCCUCCCAACUCCUGUAGAGCUCGACCUUAUGUCCUUCCUCCCCGAACCAUCUUCCCCAGAAUUCCCGCAACAGUGCUUCGGUCUCCAACUUCUUCUCGAUCAAGCGUCAAGAAUCCUCUUUACUAGCAUCGAAGCUCGUUGGCAAGUUGCAUACUUUGGACCUCUUGCUAGACGUCUUGCUGGACAAUGGUACGCGCUACCUCACCAUCUACGCCCGCAUUCAUGGCAGAGAUGGAAAGACGAUGUUGGCGUUAGUAGUUUUAGCUUCUGGGUUUCGACGCAAGUCAUGUGGGCAGCCCCUUUUCUCCACGCCGAAGAUCUAGGGAGUCAAGAGAUUGGAUUGGAGUUAUCAAACGAUUUACGUCAAGCUGUUGAAGAAUACACCCAAACACGAGACCCGCAUCGGGAGACAAGGAAUAAGACGUUGAAAGAUGAUCUAAUUUUUAUAAGAGAGGUUGUCAAGAGUCCGCCAAAAGAUGAAGACGGUACUAUCAGUAUGGCGGCCUGGACUUAUUGGUGGUGCAUGAUCCUGGACGCUCACUGGCCUAUCAUCGCGCGAUUUGGUCGCUAUCCUUACCGCAAUGCUGCGUUUGGUAGACCUAGUACAAGGGACGAAGAGAAAUGGUUGGAUGAUAUAAAUCACUUUUCUGAGGCCUCUCCUGAAGAUGCUAAGCGCAUUCGAGAAGAUGUAGAGAAGGGUCAGUGGACCCCACUUGGAGAGAGUUGA